AUGUCUACUGUCAAUUGGAAACGAUCAGCAUCUGUGGUAUUAAGUAAGUUUUUACUGUCGUAAUACUAUUUUUUUGUAAUUUUCUCAUUGAAAACUGGAUUUUGAUUAUUUUUGCGCACUAUAAAACUUUGAAAACUUGGGUAAGGCCUACAAUUUUUGAUUGUAUAUUCCAGUAAAUCAAUCGCUCCGUCAUAUCCUGAUGAUGAAGCGUGGCCCCACCGCCAAAUUCAUGCCGAACUCGAUGGUUUUCCCGGGCGGAAUACUCGAAGAUCCGUAUGAUCUCAAGUUCGACAAAAAUCUCACGAAUUUUUGCCCAGCAAAGGAUGCAAACAUCUCCGUGGAGGAGGAUUUGGGAUUUCGGAUAUGUGCGUUGAGGGAAUUGUUUGAGGAAGCCGGGAUUUUGUUGAGGGAAAAUGAGGUGGUCACCAAUAAAGAUGACUCCAAAUUGGUCGAAUGGAGGACAAAGGUGGGUGAAGAUCGAUGUUUUUUGCACGUUUUUAGGGCUCUUCUUGCUAGUCAUGACAAACAGAAAUAGUUUUAACUUUGUUCUUGAUAGUUUUGGUACAAGAGGAACACUUGACUCAACCCAUAUUUUGAGUCAAGUCUCUCUCUGAAAGUUUCUUUUAAAUGGUUUAUGAUGAGUUCGUACUAUGUAUAGGUUAGUCUUACCAUGUACAUGUUGAAAAAUCAUUUUGAUUACACUAUUUUUUAGUUUGUGGCCAAGAGUAACACUUGACCCAAGUUGAAGUUUGAGUCAUGUCUUUCUCUUGUUUAUACCAGAUUCCGCUAAUUUUGGCCCCAUUUGCAAUAGCGGGCAUCAAAUUUUGAUCAUUCUUUAUCAUUUUGCUCCAAGAGAAACACUUGACUCAUCUUGAGUCAAGUGUUUCCCUCUGUCGAAAACCUCUUCAAUUUGACUGAAUAUACUUGUAUUCCAGGUCAGAGAGAAUCCCAAGCUUUUUGAGCAGAUGUUUUCUCCACGAAAUCUGGCCGACGUGGGGAUUCUGAAGCCAUUCUCACGGUGGCUAACUCCAAACUCUUUCCCGCGAAGAUUCGACGCCAUGUUUUAUACGAUCCAGUUGAGCCGAUUUGAUGAGAAAGUCGUCCAUUGCGAGCGAGAAAUGACCGAAUCAAUGUGGAUCUCACCGGAGGAGGCGCUGCGGAAAAGUGUGGUGGAGAGUAGGUAUAUUUUGUACUCUUUAGUCUUGUCGAGAAGAUAUACAUGCGUAAUAUUGAAAAAAAUUUUUUGAAAUACGAAUUGUACUUCGUGGAAGGUAUUUUACACAAAAAUUUCAAGAAAUUUGUGAAAUUCAGUUCAAGCUCGGGCGCAGCUCGCCGAUGAAAAAAUGAAAUGAUUUUGAGGGGAAAUUGAUGAGAACAUGAUUAUUAAGAACGAAUUUUAGCCGAUAAUGACAUAAAUUUUUUAAUUUCUCCUUUUUCUAGGCUUAAGAUCGGGCGCAGCUCGCCGAUCUCAAAAAAGCUGAUUUUAUGGGUUUUUUGCGUGUUACCGAUAGAAAAUUUUUACCUUCUUUUUUGAUGCGUAUUUUACAAUCUAUUUUUGAUGUUUAUUGUACUUUUACGAUUAAAAUUUUUAAAAAGUAAUUUUUAAAAAUUUUGUUUUUUUUCGAAAUUUUUACUCAUUGCUGUAUUUUAGAGACCAUCAGUCUUCCUCCGCCUCAAUUUCACAUGCUUUCCAAGCUCUCGCAACGGGAUAUUACGGUACCUUUCGCCAAUACAGUAUACCCUCCGAGAGUUUGCGAGCAAAUGAUCCAAGCGUCGGACGACCCGAAUCUCCAAGCCACUUUACUGAUAGACGAUGUUGACCGGAUCACGGAGAAUUCGGACUUUGUCAAGCUCAGAUUCAUGACGACAAAGGAAAUAUUCGAACCGAGAGGAGGGAAGGUCAACAGAAUUGUAUAUUAUUUGAAGCCCUUGCCAUUCACUGGAUCCGUUUUGAUGGAAAAAGGGCUGAAUCGGUAG